UUAACAGAACAUAUUUAUUCUAGCAUAGUUUGACAUGACCACAGAACUCCAGGUUGAAGACGCAGAGACCCAGUGUGAAGGACCCACGUCAUGCUUAGGUUUGAUGAAGCCUGGGUUGCCCUGUGCAAAUGUGAUUGGAUAAAAGAGGGUGUGAGUGAAUGGAGGUAGAUGGCGUGGGAAACCCAGCGUUUCUGGCCCCUCAGUUACAGCAUGUCUUCUUAUGAGUAUGAGGCAGGAAUGUCUUCAUGGCCAGUUUCCACACAGACAGGCAGGGGAAGCUGGAGUAACAGCCUCAGGGUUUAUGACUGGCGUGGGGAGAAAAGAGCUCUGGUUCUGUGACUCACCUGGGGGAAGAGGCUUUCUAGCUCACUCGGUUGCCUGGGGGAGAAGGACAGGGGGCCGCAGGGCAGGAGACUGGAAGUGUGGUGACGAUCAACUGUGUCAACUUGAGCAGCUUAGAAAGCAGCUUAACUAAAUCAGCUCAACCACGCUUCCCCCGAGGCUCCUCACCCGGGUGGUAUAAAGGGGAAGUGAGGAAGAGGGAGCUGCUUGUGUUCUUCAGAGGAGCUCCAGCCUUUGCCUUCAGCUCGGACCUCAGCUCCUGGCUUCCAGGGCAGGCUGUUCAGCUUUCCCUCACAGACCCAUCGGCCUCCUGAUUCGGACUUGCGGGGGACAACGUGGUGAGCUCCAGGCCUCGGACUGACACCGUCGGUCUCCAGUACGCAGACACCCUCUGCACGCUUCUUAUCCGACUCUGUGGGCGACCAUCGACCCUCGCUGCUGCACUGGCCCUGUAACUCUGGCUGGACCGUGCACCCCUGGGGAAAAGCGCGCAGCCCUAGAGCAUGGCCGACGAGGACCUUAUCUUCCGCCUGGAAGGCGUGGACGGCGGCCCGGCCUCCCGGGGUGGCCACGAUGGCCACUCUGACACUGACAGCGAUGAUGAUGAAGGCUACUUUAUCUGCCCCAUCACGGAUGACCCUGGGUCCCACCAGCAUGUCAAUUCCAAGGUCAAUAACUACUACAACCACCUGGCGAAAAGUGAGCAGUACGGCAGCUCCUUCCACUACAAGGAGGCCUGGAAGCACGCGAUCGAGAAGGCCAAGCACAUGCCCGACCCCUGGGCUGAGUUCCACCUCGAGGACAUUGCCACGGAGCGCGCUACUCGCCACAGGUACAACGCUGUCACCGGCCAGUGGCUAGAAGAUGAGGUUCUGAUCAAGAUGGCGUCUCAGCCCUUUGGCCGGGGAGCCAUGAGGGAGUGCUUCAGGACGAAGAAGCUCUCCAACUUCCUGCACGCCCAGCAGUGGACGGGGGCCUCCAACUACGUGGCAAAGCGCUACAUUGAGACGGUGGCCAGGGACGUGUACUUCGAGGACGUGCGUCUGCAGAUGGAGGCCAAGCUCUGGGGGGAGGAGUAUAACCGGCACAAGCCCCCCAAGCAGGUGGACAUCAUGCAGAUGUGCAUCAUUGAGCUGAAGGAGAGACCGGGCAAGCCCCUCUUCCACCUCGAGCACUACAUCGAGGGCAAGUACAUCAAGUACAACUCGAACUCGGGAUUUGUCCGCGAUGACAACAUCCGCCUGACACCACAGGCCUUCAGCCACUUCACAUUUGAACGUUCUGGCCAUCAGCUGAUCGUGGUGGACAUUCAGGGCGUGGGUGACCUCUACACCGACCCACAGAUUCACACUGAGACGGGCACAGACUUUGGAGAUGGCAACCUAGGUGUCCGGGGCAUGGCGCUCUUCUUCUACUCUCACGCCUGCAACCGGAUUUGCAAGAGCAUGGGCCUGGCUCCUUUUGACCUCUCGCCGCGGGAGCAGGACACCGUGAAUCAGAACACCAAGCUGCUGCAGUCAGCCAAGACCAUGCUGAGGGGAACGGAGGAGAAGUGUGGGAGCCCCCGGGUGAGGACCCUCUCUGCCAGUCGGCCCCCGCUGCUCCGCCUGUCAGAGAACUCCGGAGACGAGAACAUGAGCGAUGUGACCUUCGAUUCGCUGCCUUCAUCCCCUUCUUCGGCCACCCCGCAGAGCCACAAGCUGGACCCCCUCCAUUGGCCGGUGUUUGGUGACCUUGACAACAUGGCGCCCAGAGACCACGACCAUCUGGACAACCACCGGGACUCUGAGGCCAGUGGGGAUAGCGGAUUCCCCAGUGAGAGGAGGGGUGAGCUGGAUGACCCUGAGCCCCAGGAACAUGGCCACUCGAAUGGCAGGCGGAGGUCGGAGUCCGACGAAGACAGCCUGGGCAGUGCCGGACGGGUCUGUGUGGAGAAGUGGAACCUCCUCAACCCCACCCGCCUGCACCUGCCGAGGCCUUCCGCUGCGGCCCUGGAAGUACAGAGGCUGAACGCCCUGGAACUUGAAAAGAAAAUCGGGAAGUCCGUUUUGGGGAAGGUCCACCUGGCCAUGGUGCGCUACCACGAGGGCGGCCGCUUCUGCGAGAAGGGCGAGGACUGGGACCCCGAGUCGGCCGUCUUCCACCUGGAGCACGCCGCCACCCUGGGCGAGCUGGAGGCCAUCGUGGGCCUGGGGCUCAUGUGCUCACAGCUGCCCCACCACAUCCUGGCCGACGUCUCUCUGAAGGACACAGAAGAGAAUAAAACGAAAGGAUUUGACUACUUACUGAAGGCAGCCGAAGCUGGUGACAGACAAUCCAUGAUCCUCGUGGCGCGAGCUCUUGACACCGGCCAGAACCUCAGCCCCGACAGGUGCCGAGACUGGCUGGAGGCCCUGCACUGGUACCGCACCGCCCUGGAGACCACGGACUGUGACGAGGGCGGCGAGUUCGACGGGAUGCAGGGCGAGCCCCGCUACGCGCUGCUGGCCAGGGAGGCCGAGAUGCUGCUCACGGGAGGCUGCGGCCUGGGGAGGGACCCGCAGAGGUCAGGGGACUUGUAUACCCAGGCCGCAGAGGCGGCGAUGGAAGCCAUGAAGGGCCGGCUCGCCAGCCGGUACUAUGAGAAGGCCGAGGAGGCCUGGGCCUGCAUGGAGGACUAGCGCGCCUGGAGAGGCACACCAGCCGGCCCGAAGCAAAAGGGCCGGGAAGGACUCGGGAGGCAUUUCGCCUGGGAGGGGAAGAGUAUUUUUGGGGUGCUGUAAAUCGCCUUUUGUAUUUCA